AUGUUUGAAUGGACUGCAAGGAUAAACCUUGUCAAAAGUGUGGCUGACGCUUUAUCCUAUAUGCACCAUGAUUGCUUGCCUCCAAUCGUUCAUCGAGACAUAUCAAGCAAGAAUAUCUUGCUGGAUUUAGAGCUUGUUGCUUACAUCUCUGAUUUUGGCACAGCUAGAAUCUUGAAGCCCGACUCUUCCAACUGGACUUCAUUUGCAGGCACAUUUGGAUACACUGCUCCAGAGUUUGCAUAUACAAUGGAAGUGAAUGAGAAAUGUGAUGUUUAUAGCUUUGGAGUGUUAGCUUUAGAAGUGAUCAUGGGAAAGCAUCCAGGAGAUCUCCUGAUCUCCGUUCUCUCCUCGACAACAUCGACUGCGCUUGAUACACCGCUGAGGGACGUUCUGGACCAAAGGCUUUCACCUCCUAAAGAUCAAGUUGCAGGGAAAGUGAUGUUUGUUGUGAAGCUUGCGUUUUCAUGCUUGCAAACCAAACCACAAUGUCGGCCAACCAUGCAACAGGUUUCCCAGGAGCUAUCAAUUCCAAAGGUACCUUUACCAUUCACAUUUGACAAAGUUGCCUUGGAACAGCUGGUUAGCCAUGCUUGA